ACGCUAGUUUAGACUGCUGGCUUAUUUCAAAAUAAAAAAAAAGUUCGUCUAAGCCUUGUUUCAAACCUAGAUUACUCCACGUGUCUCAAAAUCGCCCACUGAUCAACGUAGCCAAAAUGGGCAUCUAGAGGUGACAGCGGUCAGUUGAUUUCGAAAGCACCCAGGACUUUUCUUGUCAGUCCAUAGUAUUAUUCGAUAAGCUUACAGAGCUGGUUAAGCUUAAUGGAGGGCUGCGUUAGUCAGCAUUAGUCUCGUCUGAGCCAAGUUUACCAAUUGGGGAGAGUUCUACGCGACAUAAGAUGUCCAUGUAUCAUCCGAUCCCAGCUGUAUGCGUAAACGCACUAAUUCUGCUUCUAAAAAAAGGUUUAGUUGGCACAAUCAUGGAGCCGAUGAGUCUGAUGCCCAGCGUUGUCAGAUCGAUUAGCCAAUCGCUGAGUCGCCCUUACACAGCGAAUUCUCUGAGUAAUGCAUUCAUUCGCGUGUGGCGGCUUUUAAUGACCUCUUAGUGAGGGUGCUCUUAAGUGGAGUUCUGCUAUCGAUCCUUGUCUAAUUCACUCAGUGUUCGACAGCUAACUAAACAGUGUGGUUGGUGCACGGUAUGCGCAAGAACAGCAAUUCGUCAUUUAUUUAUCUAUAAAUAAAAUAAAGUGCGUUUGGGGAAGUGGCUGCGUGUGUGUAUCAGUGUUUGCCUGUGUACUGGACCCGUACGCAUCGGUCGGUCGAUGAAUUGAUUGAAGUGUGCUGCUUUCUUGGGUGCAAAAAUUUUCGUCGGGAGAACGUCGAAAGCAUAAUCAGUUCAUGCUGUAUGAACUCAUUAGUGUACAUAAUAAUAUUAUACUGAUGAAGUAUGAUCUAGUAAUGCUAUUCUAAUUCUGAACAAAUAUAACAUUUGCGGUAUUGGCCGAAACCAUGGCGCAGGAAAAAAUUGUCGAGAUAAAAUUAACUUCCAAUUCCUGUAUAUCGUACGAGUAUGCAGCCUAUUUUAACAAGCUUCAUUACUGGCAGAUAGAACCAACUAUUGGAAAAUCCCAAGCUACGCGACACUUUCUUAGUUGCUAUUAGUCGUUAUUUGUUUUCUUAUUUAGGAUUGGUUGAAACCUUUUCACGCGCAUUACAAUCCAUGUAUACGCUUUUUUAACGAGAAGCUAUACCAACAUGUGCGAAAUUUGCGAAGCUUUUUGUGGACUGUUUGUGUAUAGUUUGUUUAUUGAACUCUACUCUAAUUUUAAUCUGAUUUAAUUGAUCGAGUAUUUGUGGUUGGAUAGGUACUUGACACUGUAAUGGUCAUGAAGCGCUCCGAGGCCGCUCCGUCCACCCCAGAUACCCAUUCUUGAGUACUAUUUAGGUUCCGUGUUUGGCUACACAUUAAUUUGUUAGACUGUCAAUGAAUGAAUUGCAUUUUCCCUUAAAGCAACAGUGUGCUGCGCGUAGUAUAUGCUUGGGCCGACAAGUUCUACAACAUCGAAUCAACAAAACGUUAUUUUUUGAAGUUUCAGGUAGGAUCCUUUUAUAUGUUUAACUAUAAAUGAUUUAAAUUAUAACAAAGAAAUGUUCCUUAACGAUUAAUAUGCAGUCGCCGUCUCCUUGAACGCGUGCCAGCUGAACAAAUAACCGAAAGAAUUAACAAAAAGUCGACCAAAAGCAGCAAUAGCUUAUUGAAGGUUGAGGAAACAUGAGUGCGCCGAUGAACGACAACUCGUGGAAAACUCCAGCUUUUCGGCAAAAUGUUCGUUCAAAAAUCGAGGAGGCCAUUAGGAACUCACCUAAUCAACAGUACAAGAAUGCCGCUGAAAUGGAGAAUCAUGUCUUCAACAGAUCUGCAACAAAGGACCAGUAUCUUUCGUUGGUUGCCCGACUUAUCAUUCACGUCAAUCCAAAAAAGAACCCAGGCACAGCUGGCGGUGGACAGGUACCCGGCCCCGGCGGACCCGGUGGCGUUGGUCAUGCCGGGCCUCCAAGUGGACCUGACCCUAUGAUGGCUCUUCGUACUAUGACCAGUCAACAACAGCAACAACAAGGCCCUCCCCAGAUGGGUAUGCCAAUAGGUGGUGCGACUAUGGGAAGUCCAGCAGAUAUGAUGGCGCAGCAGAAUAAUCCGCAGCAGCCGAACGGCGCUGGAGGACUCAAUCCAAUGGCUAUGCAGUCGGCUAGGCCAAUGAUAAUGAACCAGGGUGGUCCAAUGAAUCCAAUGAUGAUGGGCCAGCCCAUGGGCGGGGUCGUGAGGGCACCUCAACCCACCGUUGGAGUCGGUCCUUCCGGUCAGGGUAUGAUGGUUAUGGGAGGACCCCCACAAAACAAGAUGCGGCCGCAGAUAACCCCACAGCAGCCUCAAAACACAAUGGUCCCGAACCAAGGCGCAGUACAGUCUCCGAUGGGUGCAUCAAUGGCUAACCAAAUGACACCGUCCCCCGCAGGGUACGCACAUUCACCAUCACCUGUAAGCGUCAGUGCUCAGGGGGGUUACCUUCGAGGAGGGCAAAUGGGCGCCCCUUCCCCAGGGUCCGCUCUCAAUACCCCUAUCGGAUCAGUUGCAUCUCCUGCCGCGCAACAUUCCCAGCAGCAACAACAACAGCAGCAGCAGCAGCAGCAGCAACAACAACAGCAACAACAGCAACAACAACAGCAACAACAGCAUGGUGGUGGUCAUGCCGUGGUGGGACCGGGAACAGCCGCUGCCCGCAGCUCUGCCGAGGAACAGGUCUAUCUUGACAAGCUAAAACAGCUAAGCAAAUACAUUGAACCGCUUCGCCGGAUGAUUGCACGUAUAGACAAGGAUGAAGAUCGGCAGAAGGAUUUGAGCAAAAUGAACACCUUGCUCGAAAUUUUAUCGGACAGUAAUCGGCGCUGUCCAAUGGAAGUGCUGGUGAAGUGCGAGGGCGUCCUCGAGAAACUCGACCUCGGCCUACCCGUGCCACGAGACCAUAUUGGUCACGUGCCAUCGGUGAAGUCGAUGGCCCGAUUACAAAACGACAACCUAUGGCAGCCACUGUUAGAUGCUAUCAACGCGAACAUCAAAAGUCCAAUGUUCAACCACACGCUUCAACGAGUAUUUGGUCAGCCAAUAACAAUGUUGACUGGCGCGGCGUAUUUAAGUUCUCCACCAUCUCCACCUUCGUCGCCACCUGUUAAGCGCCGUCGUCCUGCGGCGGGAUCUGAAGAUGCAGCAGAAAUUCCCGAUGUCCUUCAGGGCGAAAUUGCCCAUCUUGACCAGCGGUUCAAAGUACAGCUAGAUCCAGUUCAGCAUAGUGGAUGUCGGACUGUCAAUCUUAUCUGCCAACUCGACGACAAGACACUUCCAUGUGUACCACCCAUCUCUGUGACAGUCCCGGAAAACUACCCGGAACAUCCACCUCGCUGUAACGCUAAUAGGGCCCAGUAUGCGAGUACAGAGUUCCUGUCAGAUGUGCUUGAUUCCCUUACCGUUCACCUGGGAAAGAUGCCCUCGCAAUAUUCCAUCACAUCGUUACUCGAUACCUGGGAGAUGUGUGUUCGGCAAACCUGCAGUACCACCAGCGAUAGAAAUGGUACUAGCGCGAGACCCGUGGGUAAGGGAUCGCAACAGAAGGCAAUUACUUGUUGAAGCCGAAUCACAAAAUUUGUUUGGUUAGACACAUAAAAGGAAAUAUUCACUUGUGUUACCGACGAUCAUUGUUAACGAUGGCUUUACCAGUAUCCGACAAGUAAAGUUUAACAGUUUUCAUAACCGUGUUUCCUUAGUUUCUUUUAGUACCUCAAACAAAGAAGCUCUCUUACGAUAUCAGUGCUGGAGCUUCGAAUGCCCUCGAUGGGUAUAUUUAGUAGACUUUUCAAGUCAAAGAAUAAACUUGAUACAAAUUGGGCAUUCACUGUACGUUUGAGAAGUAUGAAAACGCUUUGGUUUUAGAAUUACGCUGGUGAAGAGACACCCAAUCAAUCUGAGAAGGUAGGUUGUAAACUAUGAUAGAUAGUAUCGUCUGGCCAGAUAAUUCGAAAAAAAAAGUUUGUGUUUAACGCAAAAUGAUCUUUACGUGAAAUACAUGCAAAUAUUAGGUACACUAUAGGUUCAGAAUAGUUAAAAUUGAAGACAAAAAAAGUUGAGCACGUAAGAAGUCUGUUCAGUUGAAGUGAAGCUUUAACGAACUUUCUGAAUCGAACCUUCUACCAAGAUUAUGUCUAAAUGUUCAUUCUGUCAUUGGGCAACGCAGUAUGUCAUGUACAUUGCUAGGAUUAAGGCAUCGUCAUUUGUGGAAUCUCUCCUGUUGUGAAAGGUGAAUAAUCCUAUUUUUGAAGAUCUGUUCUAUCCGCCCAGUAUCCAGAUAUACCCGACAUGUCGAGCCUGUGCCGAAAAAGAAAUUCUAUUCGUUGCUUUGAAGGCAUACUGUUACCGAUAUGAGCAUGAUUUUCGUUGUAGUGUAAUAAGAAUACCGCUGCGAACUGGUUUUGAUAACAAUAAGAUGUUCUCGCCAUUAAACCAAGCAGAAAUUGUACGAAUUGUACACAUGUAUUGAAUGUAUAUAUAGUAACUUCAUAUUCACAAACAGAGUAAAUAUUGUCUCUAAUAAACAAUUUAUGAACUAACAUGUUAGCUGAAGAACUACUCAUCCAAGUCACCAUCCAGUUAAGUAUGCUAGGUGACACCGCUGAAAAUACAUGGUAUGCCGUAGUGAAUACUGCUACUCUGGAUAUUAUAAUAUAUAUAUGAUGGUUAGACACUAUAGUCAAAUAUCCACAGACCUUAAUUGAAAUAAAUUGAAUAAAAAGAAAUCGUGUUGACUGUUGGUUUA